CUCAGCCAGUGCUCUCGUUGGCUGUAGCUCAAUUGCACAAAAGGUGUCAGUGAACAUUUAGGCAGAAAGCUCUGGCUGGAAUCUCAGCCACCCGUUCUGCGGACUCUUGUAUGUUUCACUGUUGCGGUGAAUGAAAAAUGGCAUCUGCUCCACACAACUUUUCCUGGAUUGAACCCAAAAAGCUGGCAGGGAUGGCCAUGCCACGAUUACCCGCUCACUAUCAGUAUUUGUAUGAUAAUGGCAUUAAACACCUCAUCACGCUUAGUGAGAGAAAGCCACCAUAUCACGAUACUUGUCCAGGACUGAAGAUCCAUCAUAUAAAGAUUGAUGACUUUUGUCCACCUUCUUUCGAACAAAUCAAAAGGUUUCUUGCUAUCGUUGAGGAAGCCAAUGCAAAAGGCGAGGAGAUAGAGAUUGUAGGUUUGGAAGGUGAUGCCCAAGGAUCGUUGGUGAAUUCCUCCAGUGCCACAAUGAUGCUACACAAACUGGAGGAACAACACCUCAUAUUCUGCCUCGGGAGCCUAUAGCCUGAUGGCCUAAGUGUGGAUUUCACCUGUUUCAAAUCUCUCCACCCCCGGCCUCAUCUCAUGUCCAACCCUCCCUCUCAUCCCUGCCUCCAUGACCUGACACAAUCUGUCCAUCUUCUUACCCACCCAUCCACCCUACCCAUCCCACUGACAAAUCCCCACUAUCCCUACCUGUAUCCACCUAUCACCGCCCCACCCCUUUCCCCUUCCCAGUCCUGUUGAAGUGUCUAGGCCUGAACAUUGACACUCCUGCUCUACUGAUGCUGCCUGACCUCCUGCGUUCCUCCAGCUCCACACUGUAUCGCACAAACUUCCUGUUCAGUCAGCAUUCAGGACAAGUGGCAAGCAGAAAGUGAGGAGAGGCUGAGAGACUGACAGAGGGAGGAGAAGCAGUGAAAAUUCCACAGGAUAGACAAGUUCUAAAAUGCUUCUAAGCUCCGUGACCUUCAGAGUGAAUUUUGGCUCUUAAUUCUACCUGAUUAAUGUCAGACAUGGCUCUCUCCCAUUACUUUGCUCUCAGGAGAUUAAACAAUUCUUUGUUUGCUGACCGGAGUAAGAAUAAUCUCAUUCACUCAUCACAAUGAGCACAACUAAAAAGGUUAAAAGCCCAUCACUUUCGAAGGAAAAUGGAAAGAAAACUGGCCUCGUCAGUGCAUUUGUUUAUACUGACCUCAACUAACAGUCCAGGUUUGCUAAGCUAUAGAGUUUCUCACUGCCAGGCAUCCUAUAUGUUUUCUUCAUAUGUUGGUGUACUCUUUACAGAAUUUAAUGGCAGCUGUCUUACCAACAGACAAAUCAAUGUGCAGAGCAGAAUUAUGUUGGGUUGCCAGAUUUAAAGUCGGAUGUGUUUAAACGUAUGGGUGAAAUAUCCCAGAAAGGUUGACUUACAGUUUCUGUUAAGAUUAUCUAUAUUAUCAAGUCAUUUGAAAACCUGCCAAUGUCUCCUACCUCUACUACAUUAGAUGAAAACAAAUCUUCUGCUAAAUGGUGACGAGGUGCUAAUGUCUUUGCAUGUCAAGAGGCGGUGGUUAGAUUCCAUCUUGUUGGAUAUGGUUAUUGCCUAGCAUUUGUGUGGUGUGAAUGUUUCUUCCCACUUGUCAGCCCAAGACUGGAAAUUAUCCGGGUCUUGCUGCAAUUGGCCCUGGACUGCCUUAGUACCUGACAACAUGAUGAAGUCCCAACAUGAUGCUGAGUAUAGAAAUCCUACCAAUGAGUCUGGAAGAUUCAGAAAGUAAAUGUAAAAUGCUUUCACUUCUUCACAUUUUCAAUAUUAUGUGUUGCAAUGUAAUUCGUAUCUUUUUAGUGAUUAAGAGGAUCUGGGAUUUCCCUUUUAAAGACAUGUUGAUUUUUACAUUGUCAUUUUCACAGGCAUUACUGUACUUUUCCAAAGGAGCAUAUGGUCAGAAUGUGGUAAAAAAUGUAAAAUAAGUUGUCCUACACUGAUUUUUG